CUGCUGCUGCUGCCCGCCGGCAGCUGGGCGCUGGAAGAGACCCUCAUGGACACAAAGUGGGUGACAUCUGAGCUGGCGUGGACGCCCCAUCCAGAAACUGGGUGGGAAGAGGUCAGUGGCUACGAUGCAGCCAUGAACCCCAUCCGGACGUACCAGGUGUGCAAUGUGAGGGAGAGCAGCCAGAACAACUGGCUGCGGACCGGCUUCAUCCGCAGGCGAGAGGUACAGCGGGUGUACGUGGAAAUCAAGUUUACCGUUCGGGACUGCAACAGCAUCCCCAACAUCCCUGGCUCCUGCAAGGAGACUUUCAACCUCUUUUAUUAUGAGGCAGACAGUGACGUGGCCUCAGCCUCCAGCCCCUUCUGGAUGGAGAAUCCCUACAUCAAGGUGGACACGAUUGCACCAGAUGAGAGCUUCUCCCGCCUGGAUGCCGGCCGGGUCAACACUAAAGUGCGCAGCUUUGGGCCCCUUUCUAAGGCUGGCUUCUACCUGGCCUUCCAGGACCAGGGGGCCUGCAUGUCCCUCAUAUCUGUCCGGGUCUUCUAUAAGAAAUGUGCCCGGACCAUCGCCAGCUUCGCCCUCUUCCCGGAGACCCUCACGGGGGCUGAGCCCACCUCCCUGGUCAUCGCUCCUGGCACCUGCAUCCCCAAUGCUGUUGAGGUCUCGGUGCCCCUCAAACUGUACUGCAAUGGGGAUGGCGAGUGGAUGGUGCCUGUGGGAGCCUGUACCUGUGCCGCCGGCUACGAACCCUCUGCCAAGGAGACUCAGUGUCAGGCCUGUCCCCCUGGGAGUUUCAAGGCAAAACAGGGCGAGGGACCCUGCCUCCCUUGCCCCCCCAAUAGCCGUACCACGUCGGCCGCCGCCACCAUCUGUAUUUGCCAUAACAACUUUUAUCGUGCUGACUCCGACCCUCCUGACAGUGCCUGCACCACGGUGCCUUCCCCACCCCACAGUGUGAUUUCCAACGUGAAUGAGACCUCGCUGGUGCUUGAGUGGAGUGAACCCCGGGACUUGGGGGGCCGUGAUGACCUCCUCUAUAAUGUCAUCUGCAAGAAGUGCCAGGGGGGCCCUGGGACGUCAGGCCCGGCUACCUGUUCCCGCUGUGAUGACAACGUGGAGUUUGUGCCCCGGCAGCUGGGGCUGACUGAGCGGCGGGUACACGUGAGCCGUCUGUUGGCCCACACACGCUACAGCUUUGAGGUGCAGGCCGUGAAUGGGGUCUCUGGCAAGAGCCCCCUGCCCCCACGCUAUGCUGCUGUGAACAUCACCACCAACCAAGCUGCUCCGUCAGAGGUGCCCACUAUGCGUCUACACAGCAGCUCUGGAAGCAGCUUGACCCUGUCCUGGUCCCCCCCUGAGAGGCCCAAUGGCAUUAUCUUGGACUAUGAGAUGAAGUACUAUGAAAAGAAUGAUCGCAUCCCUUCCACGGUGACCAGUCAGAAGAACUCAGUGCAGUUGGAUGGACUUCGGCCGGACGCCUGUUAUGUGGUCCAGGUCCGAGCUCGGACUGUGGCUGGCUACGGCCAAUACAGCCACCCUGCUGAGUUUGAGACCACUGGGGAGAGAGGUUCAGGGGCGCAACAACUCCAAGAGCAGCUUCCCCUCAUCGUGGGUUCAGCUACCGCCGGCCUGGUCUUCCUCGUAGUGGUUGUGGUCAUUGCCAUCGUCUGCCUCAGGAAGCAACGCCAUGGCUCUGACUCGGAAUACACUGAGAAGCUGCAGCAAUACAGAACCCUGUCCCUCCCUGAUCCCUCUCUUCUGCCCCCAGUUGCCCCUGGCAUGAAGGUUUACAUCGACCCUUUCACUUAUGAAGACCCCAAUGAGGCUGUGAGGGAGUUUGCCAAAGAGAUCGAUGUCUCUUGUGUCAAGAUUGAGGAGGUGAUCGGAGCUGGGGAGUUUGGCGAGGUGUGUCGGGGCCGGCUGAAGCAGCCCGGACGCCGGGAGCUCUUUGUGGCUAUAAAGACUCUGAAGGCCGGCUACACGGAAAGGCAGCGGCGAGACUUCCUGAGCGAGGCCUCCAUCAUGGGCCAGUUUGACCAUCCCAACAUCAUCCGCCUGGAAGGCGUGGUCACCAAGAGUCGGCCCGUCAUGAUCCUCACGGAGUUCAUGGAGAACUGUGCCCUCGACUCCUUCCUCCGAUUGAACGACGGGCAGUUCACUGUGAUCCAGCUGGUGGGCAUGUUACGGGGCAUUGCGGCGGGCAUGAAGUACCUGUCGGAGAUGAACUAUGUGCACCGGGACCUAGCUGCCCGGAACAUCCUGGUGAACAGCAACCUGGUGUGCAAAGUCUCUGACUUUGGCCUCUCCCGCUUUCUAGAAGAUGACCCUGCUGAUCCCACCUACACUAGCUCACUGGGUGGGAAGAUCCCCAUCCGAUGGACGGCCCCAGAAGCCAUCGCUUACCGGAAAUUCACGUCGGCCAGUGAUGUCUGGAGCUACGGAAUCGUCAUGUGGGAGGUGAUGAGCUAUGGAGAACGGCCCUACUGGGACAUGAGCAAUCAAGAUGUGAUCAAUGCCGUGGAGCAGGAUUAUCGCCUGCCACCCCCCAUGGACUGCCCCAACGCUCUGCAUCAGCUCAUGCUGGACUGCUGGGUACGGGACCGCAAUCUACGGCCCAAGUUUGCCCAGAUUGUCAACACCUUGGACAAGCUCAUUCGGAAUGCUGCCAGCCUGAAGGUCAUUGCCAGCGUCCAGUCUGGGGUGUCCCAGCCACUGUUAGACCGAACUGUCCCCGACUACACCACCUUCACCACGGUGGGGGACUGGUUGGACGCCAUCAAGAUGGGGCGGUACAAAGAAAGCUUUGUCAGCGCGGGCUUUGCCUCCUUUGACCUCGUUGCCCAGAUGACGGCAGAGGACCUGCUUCGGAUCGGAGUGACUUUGGCCGGCCACCAGAAGAAGAUCCUAAGUAGUAUCCAGGAUAUGCGGUUGCAGAUGAACCAAACACUGCCGGUGCAGGUCUGACCCCCUCCAGCAGCCCCCGGGGCCCCCGGGGUGCCACAGGGACUCUGAGCGGCUGGACAUUCGGACGUUUGGAUGCUCGGUCAAGGGCUGCGGCCCAAAAGUUCACAAUGUGUCGGGGGACCAGCAGGAGCCCCACCCCCCGCAGUGGCCUGUGCUCCCUUUGUGGGCAACAGCAGGUUCGGGACUUAGGACAGAUGCCACCUCUUCAUAUUGAAGACGGAUUAGGGGAUGGGAGUCAUGCCACUACCCAUCCCCCUUGGGGCCCAGGCCUCCCUGCUCUCGGACAGGGGGGUGACCCCACAGCCUCAGACUUGGGUGUUCUCCACGCUGGAGUGACUGCAAUAGUGAGCCUGGUGGGGCUCUAGCCUGGAUCAGGGCCCCCCCAGGUACGCAAAAAGCAGCCCCUCCCUCAGAAACCAGAGGGGGGAAGCUUCAGGGAGUGAGGGGACGUACUCGACGCCCCGGCCCUGCUCCAGAGCCAGCCACCAUCGCUUCAAGUUUGCACAGGGACUCUUUGGCGGGGGGGAGGGGGGUGGAUAGGACCCGGCUCCUACCUGAUACCUCCUGGCCCCCCUCCUCAGCCUGGUUGGUGCUGAAGCUGGCUUCCAAAAUGGGGAGGGGGCCGGCUGAGGAGCAGCCCCCCUGCCCCUUAGAGACUCACAGAGCCAGAGAAUAGAUGUCUGGAUGUCUGCUAUGCGUGCUAGCGCACCGGGCAGGUGCGUGUGUGAGCAUGGGAGAGCUUGGGCCCAGCUGGGGGGUGGCCCAGCUGGGGCGUCAGCAGAAUAAAGGCAAUAAGUCAUUGC